AUGAACUGUGUGUUAAUGCAGCGCCAGCUAGCGCUACUUUUGCACGCCGAACGUUGUCGACGUUUGGAGAACGAUGGGCUCACCUUGACAUGCAAUAUCCGACACUGCAUGCUUAUGCGGCAAGUGCUGGACCAUAUGGACAAAUGCCUUCAUGAAGAUGGUUGUAGUGUAGCACACUGCCGUUCGUCCAAGCGUAUCCUCCGACAUUUCAACGUAUGUAGUGCUUGGUCUUGUGAUGUUUGCACUGCGGUAAAGAGACCGCUCAUCAAAGCGGAUAUGCCGUCGCAUCCAGGAACAGAAUAUCAGAACGGGCCGGUCUGCAACUUCGUGUCUUCUGGAUCAAAACCCGAUACCACCACAGUGAACGGAAUAAAAAACCCAUCACCACACUAUGAAGUGACCCCUACUCCAUGUUCAUCAUCACCAGCACUGAAUGGUGAAAUUGGUCGCAACAAUCGUAACAGUUUUCCUUUAACCGAUGAACAGCGUAAAGAUGCGAUGAAAAAAUUUGUCAAUGUCUCUUUAUCAAUAUUCCCAGCUGCUAACUCCACCGCUUACAACGAUCCUAGAAUGCAACAAUUUCUUGAUCAUCUAAAACGAAUGGAGAAAGAUAUAUUUAUGAAAUCAAAAACUGCAGAAGAGUACUAUGCUGCAUUGACCGCUCGCUACCAGAGUAUCCACUCCGAACUCAAGGAACAACGGAGGCUUCGUGGUGCUCGUCCUUUGGAACCCAGCAAUGAGGAGAGCAAUAUAAAAAGCGAGGCACACUCCGGACGGUCAUCAGAGAGCACAGAACCAGAUCGAGUUUGUGAUGGGUCAGAGGUGGUGUGUAAACGUGAGGAUGCCACACCGGUGGAAGAAUCGCGCAGUUCUCCUGCGUCCUCUUCAGCGACUAGCUUUGUAAAGUCUGUCUCGAUGGAUACGGUGGCUUCACAGCAGGUAAAUCAAGACUGCUGUGAACCACCAACCAAUACGCCGUCCGCCGAAAUAAAAAGCUCUUCCAUCGACACCACGCAGCCAGCAACGGCGCCCACCACGCGAUCUCCCAGAGAUGGCGACGUAAACUCCGAUGUAACCAUGUCAUCUGAUGUCAAGCCUUCUGACGAACUGAAGUCGGAUGCAGGUCAACAGCCACUCCGUGAGGCCUCUAACCGUGCCGUAUGGUAUCCGAAUGAGUUGCAACGCUACUUCUUACCAGUCGUGGACAGAAUCAGUAAGGAGAAAGACGCCGAGCCCUUUCUUCAGCCCGUCGAUUGGGAAAGUUUGGAAAUUUAUGACUAUCCCCAAAUCAUUACCCAUCCGAUGGACCUCUCGACAAUCCGCAAAAAGCUGGAAAACCGGGAAUACAAAGAUCCAUGGAGUGUAGUGGAUGACUUCUGGUUGAUGUUCAACAAUGCUUGGCUCUACAAUAAAAAGACUUCCAAGGUGUACAAAACUUGCACAAAGUUGGCCGAAUUUUUCGAGACUACGAUAGAUCCCGUAAUGCAACAGCUUGGAUUUUGUUGUGGACGCGAAUAUUACUAUUUGCCGCCUCCGUUGACUUGUCUGACUCCAAAAUUUUGCACUAUCCAGCGUGAUGCUGUGUACUAUGUGUACAAAAACGAUGACCAAACACCAGGUUUGUUAGAACAAAAGUACACCGUCUGUGAGAGGUGCUACAAUGAAGCUGGCGAUGAAAUUCGUCUGGAUAGCGAGUCUUCCACCGUUGUAACCGUCCAAAAGAAUCUGAUGGAAAAGUGUAAAAACGACAGGAAGGAAAAGGAGCCGUUUGUAUUUUGUAAAAAGUGUGGUCGCAAAUGGCAUAGAGUUUGUGCGAUUCAUGCAGAUGAGGUUUGGCCUGAGGGAUUUGUUUGUAACCGCUGUAUGAGAGAUUAUGGUUUAAAGCGUCCAGAGAAUCGCUACACUGCACGAAAAUUGCCCACUUGCCGACUGAGCAACUUUUUGGAGAAGCGCGUCAACGACUUUCUAAAGAAGAAAGGGACCGAUGCAAGCGAUGUAAUCAUCCGAGUCUUAGCCUCAGCCGAUAAAACCGUAGAAGUGAAGCCUGGUAUGAAAUCUAGGUUUUGUGAGACGGGUGAUAUGCCUGAGUCGUUCCCCUAUCGUGUCAAAGCUAUAUUCGCCUUCCAAGAAAUCGAUGGGCAAGAGGUUUGUUUCUUCGGGUUGCAUGUGCAGGAGUACGGAUCAGAAUGCCCUCCGCCAAAUACUCGACGAGUUUACUUGGCCUAUCUGGAUUCAGUUUAUUUCUUCCGUCCCAAGCAAUAUCGGACUGACGUGUAUCAUGAAAUUCUGGUUGGUUAUAUUCACUACGCUAAGUUGUUGGGCUACGCGGUGGCCCAUAUUUGGGCCUGUCCACCAAGUGAAGGCGAUGAUUAUAUCUUUCACAUGCAUCCUACAGACCAAAAAAUCCCUAAACCCAAGCGACUCCAAGAAUGGUAUCAGAAGAUGCUCAAGAAGGCACUGCUAGAACGGAUUGUGGUUGAUUAUAAGGAUAUAUGCCAGGAGGCUUGCGAAUCUGGGCUGGUUUCACCCACAGAACUGGCAUACUUUGAAGGUGAUUUCUGGCCAAAUACGCUGGAAGAAUUAUUCAAGGAAAUGGAUGAAGAGGAUGCGAAACGGAAACGCGAGCAAGAAGCACUUGCCCGUGACGAUGACGACGACGAGACGAAGGAGAAUCUGCAAACGCGUGAGAAUGAGAAAAACCCUGGUAAAAAGAAAGCAAAGAAACGGAAGAUGAAGCGCAACGCAUCGCUAUCCCUGUCGGGUAAACGAAAGCGGCUCAACGGUGGAAAUUCCGCGGAUGCGUCCAGCGAAGUUGCCCGAAGGGUAUACGAGAUCAUGGAAAAGCACAAAGAAAAUUUCUUCGUUAUUCGUCUGCAUCCGCAAAAUUCGGUUUCCUCUCUUCCUGCAAUCAAGGAUCUUGACCCGCUCAUUAACUCAGACCUAAUGGAAUGUCGGGGUGCUUUCCUGGAGCGCGCACGCGAGAAACACCUAGAGUUUUCUUCUGUUCGCCGAGCCAAGUAUUCCACUUUAGUAAUGUUGUAUGAGCUUCACACUGAGAACCGACAACCACUUAUGUACACAUGCAACGUGUGUAACGUACAACUGGAGACUCCUUGGCACUGCAGACAGUGCGUCGAAUACGAUCUCUGUCCCCGGUGUUAUGAAACAGAAAAGCAUCCUCAUCCUAUGGUUCAGAUUGGUUUGGGCCUGGACGAUGGUACUAAGCAUUCGGACGUGGAUAGCGAAGCUGCCGCUGUACAGGAAUCCGGUCGUGAUAAGCUCAGUCGUCUAGUGAAAGCUCUGGGUCAUGGGUGUUCUUGUCGCGAUGCAAAUUGCCGCGUAUUUGCCUGCAAGACGAUGAAAUCGAACGUGCAACACUUCCGCGUCCAUGCGGCCGCUGCGCGUAAUCAGUGUAACGUUUGCCGCUCUUUAUCGUUCCUCUGUUACUAUCAUUCAAAGACCUGCCAAGAGCUGAAAUGCCCCGUUCCGCUCUGUCCCAAAUGGAAAGCCAAGAUGAAACAGCAGCAAAAGCAACAGCGCCUAGAGCAAACUCAGAUGUUACGCAGACGCAUGGCAACUAUGCAACGAUACAAUAGCAUGGCAUCCAGCCAGCAAUCUGACCCAUCGGGACAGACUCCACAGCCGCAGCAUCAACCGCCGUCUGCUUCGGACUCUGUGUCUUCUCCCGUGUCAACAUCAACGCAGUUGUCUCCAUACGGUCCUAACCCAACUGGUCCAGCUACUACGUCUUUCCCUGCGAUGACGUCCCCACUAUCCAGAACAUCAGCGUCACUGCCGUCACCGCAACAGCAACCCUCGUUCUACCAGUCGUCCAGUUCUCUUGGUUCUGUGCAGCAUGCCUACCCGAAACAGGUUGCCAGCAACUCAACAGUCCCAUCCUCACCAUCGCUGACUUCACCUCAGCACAUGGGUUCGGCCACAUAUUCAUCCGCAAGUCCCUAUAAUUCUGCCGUCCAUCAGACCGUUGGCGGUUGCAUGGAUUCCCCGGACGUGAUGAAAGGUGACGUCGGUAGCUCUCCGGCCUACGCCUACCAAUCGCUCCAUCGGAGUCAGUCUGUCGUGCUGCCACCUGGUGGAAUGAUGCAUCAAUCGAGAUCCCAUCAACUGGAUCGGCCACAGUCGGUUCAGUUUAAUUCUGGUCCAAGUCCUCAGCCGUCUCUGCCCAGUGGACACCCGCAACUGAUACGACAAUCAUCCGGUUCAUCACAAUACAAUGCCCCUCUUUCACCACGGUAUCAACAGUUUUAUGCCGCGCAACCUGCAACAGGUACAGAUAACCAAACGUAUGUUCAGUCCGGCGUAUCGAUCCCACCUCGAGUCUGCACCGAGGGCCAACAUUCCUCUCACCCCAAGCAACCGUCACAACUUGCAUCUCAGCGACAUUCCUCAUGUGGAUCGCUCAGUGAAAUCCAACAUCCUGGUCUACCUGCACCCACACAAUAUCCUGCGGGCAUUAGCACAGCAAAUUCCAGUUGGCGGCCGCCUCAACCCAAUCCUAAUGUUGGUUCAAAUCCUAACAUGUACAACCCGAUCCCUCAAACACGUGGACCAAGUAGCCCUUGUGCACCGAAUGUCACUGUCGCUCGAACGAUACCAGCCCCAUUACCCUCCACACCGCAUCCUUGUCUAACUCCACCACUGGGUUCUGGCGGCACCGUGUCUAUGGAAGAUGUCCAGCUAGUGAAACAAACCUACAAUGAAAUGCGCCAGCGUGGAGCUCUCAUGUCUGACUUUCCAUCUCAAAGGAUGCCAUGUGAAAGCAAAUCAAGUUCAAUCCCUUUCUCAGGGGCCAAAGGACUUGCCGGUAAGGUGCUCCUUAGGAGGCUGGUUUCGCUGUGGAACAAUUUCAGCAGGUUUACACUGUCGUCUCUGGUUAUUUUGCCUUCUGUAAUGGACGAUGCCAUCCUUCUUUUUGUCCAGUUUUCCAGUUGGCUCAACGCGAAUCCUCAUCUGUCCCGGGCGUGGCAGUUCCUGCAACAGUCACAUAUUCAAGCUCAGCAGCAACCUUUGACAAUGGGGCCUGGGUCAAAUACUGUACCAGUCGCGCACCCAGGUGGUAUGACCGUCCCCUCGUCCACCAAUUGCUAUUCUGUUUGUCAAGCACUUUCGACGGCUCCCCAGCCCACUCUCAACUCACGGUCCGUUCGACACCCACCUCAAGCAGGAUUCGUCUCGAAUCAACCAUCACUCCCUUUCCCCCAAUCCCAACAGUGGAACACCAUGUCAAUACAGCAUGCACGAUUCCGACCUGCUCCUCCACCACCGCCGCCACCCGGGUCUCAACCACAAUUUCCUUACUAUCAACAAGCAUCCAAGGUUGUUGGACCCACUGCCUCUCCAGUCGGGCACCAACCGCCACAGCUGAAUCCGGCCCCAUCACGUUAUGUUAACCAAAUGGGAGUCGUGUCGCAUCCUUCUCAAUCACAGCUCACUCCGCCCAGUCAACUACCCGUAUCUCCUCCAAUGGGAGGUGUACCUUUACCUCGAGGUGGAAGCAUGAUUCCCCAUGGGUCACAAGCCCAGCUUCUUCGACCGGGAAACUCGAACUUGUCUUCCGUAAGUCUUGCUCCAGGUCCUGGGAUGACUAUGGGUCCGACCCGUUCUCACCAGCCACACCCCCAGUAUUCCUCGUCUGUCAUGCUGUCCCAGUUGCUCGGCCCUGGACAACAACAGAGCAACAGCAGUGGUGCAGUCAAUCUUCCUUUACCCUCUUCACAUUACCCUAUGAUACCUCCAAAUCAAGCGCAGCAAUCCCUCUCCCGUCCAGAUUUCGGCCCUUCUUCCAACAUACUUCCUGUCACUCCGCACUACCAGGAAAGUGGCAAUAUUUAG